GGUAUAAUACGUGCUCGUAUACAUUAGAACCUGUUAUCGACUGGACUCCUAUCGCUCGGAACACAAGGGACCGUUCAUGUAUACAAAGUCUAGGAAAGGACCUCUUAUAUUACUUUGGUUCAUCUGAGCAGGCAGAAGGACUUUCAAGGAAAUGUAUUAUCACCAUCAAAAAUGAACGUAUUUUAUCUAUAUUAUAUAAAUAAUGAAAAUGCAAGGAGGCAAGCGAAAAACACCCCAAUAUCACCAGUAAAUGUUGGAAAACACCGAAAACAUAUAGCGCGUGCCAGUUACGAUUCAGUCUUUACAACUACAGACGCUACACUGACUGUUUGCGUUCCUACCUUGAAGUAAAAUGAACUCAUACAUUCCACUAAAAUUGCAAAACGUGCAUUAUGCCAAACUUGACUUUUAUGAAUGGGAACGAAUUCAUACGUUCCAGGCUUGGCCGAGCACAAAACUGGUAAUGCCAUUGACAAAAAAUGGUCUGAAGUCCGAGGGCAUCAGCCAUCGUGUUCGUUGCGUAUCAUGUCAGAAAACAACUGACAUUUCUCUUGUCGACAAUGCGCUUGUUGAUGCUCAUUUCACAGGCUGUGCUUUCGAAAAUGGCGGACAAGACCUCAGAAACAUCACUGUUUCUCGGGAGGUAGAAUCAUCUCCUGAACAAUGCACCACAGUCAGCUUUCAUGUCCCAGAACCUACAGAUUUGGAUGAAAGUGACAUCAGACAGAAACACGUAAUUGAUGGCUUCAAUGGCUGUGUAGAUGCCUGUCUAAGCAUGUGUCCAUGUGACACGUGUUUGAGCGAUUUCCAUGAAGACAACGUCCGUGUAAUGAACGAAACGUCUGGUCUUAGAAACAGGGAUCAUGUACUAAAAACCAGACAACUGAAGAUGCUCUACAUUCAACCGGGAAAGGCCGGAAACAACCAAUUUUCGCAGUUUGGAUCCAGAGUAUCAACAUUUCCCCCUGGUCUUAGUCGUUUGACUAGAAGGUCACUUGCUGUAGCAGGGUUCUUUUUUGUUUGCUACUAUCAAGACGUGGAACGCUUUAUAGUUGAAUGCAAUUGUUGCGGGCUUCGUCUUUGGGUCUAUGAACCAAGCCUUAGCCAUGUUUGUCUCCUUUGGGUACUCCACGCUGAACUAUUUCCAACGUGUCCCUAUUUGCGAAAGAUGGCUGGGGACAAUUUUAUUCAUCGUCGAUUGUGGAUAAAACGAACUAAUUUGAAUACCCAAAUCGACUUGCGCCGGCGACAGUAUAACGAUGGGCUAGGGGGACGCCUAUUCCGCUGCUGGUAACCUAAGACAACGAAAAGUUUUGAGUGUGGUGUCAUCUGUAGGCGUUUUGAGCUACAUGAUUGUGUAAACAUUUAUCUAAACAAUACAUUACAAAUACAAUAGGAGGGCAUCGACUUGAAACUAUUGAUACUGUAUGCGCAUACAGUUGUGGCCUACCUACUUACUAACGAAAUGAUACAAAAGAUAAACGUCAUAUGGAAUAGAUUGAAAAAAAAACGACAUACAGAACCAGCUUACGUUUCCUUUAUGUACCAGUGCCUGAUUUAGAUGUCUGUUGAUAUCAAACUAUUAGAAAGCGACUGAUAUCCAGAAGCAGGUGUAGACAACGCUAUUAUAGACGACCGCUGGUGUGUCACCUAUGUGCCGCGUAGAUCGUUGAGGUUACAUACUUUAUUUUGACAGAAAGUGUUGAUUUCCUCAGUGUAGAAGGAAGCAACCUCGUUUAAUAUGCGCGAUUCUAUAGAACUGCAACCUGGAUAAAAUGGAAAUCAAUCGAUAUGUCGACGGUUAUUUAUGCAAAGACUAUGGACUCGAAGAAAAUACUUCAAAGACUUGUGCAUUUGCAUCUUGUUAUUAUUUUCGAAACCAACAGGUGUACGAUGGAAAUGUGUCAUGUUUUAAAGUCAGUUUUGAUGUGGAUGUGGAGGACAAUGUCGUGUAAACCGCAGUUUUAAGCCACGUGUAACACCUAUCGUAUCUCGAAGAUGUAAUAUGCUGCUUUGUAGAUGACUUCAUUUGAGACCAUGGUUUCCAGACUAUUGUCAUUAAUCAAAAUGACAUUGGAUGGACCACAUGCUGCAGCAAAUGUUUUUGUUGUUGAUGAUUAAGAUCGACUUGUAAAUAAUUCUUUACCUAUAUUGUAUGUCUAUUAAUCGUGAAUAAUAUUUUACCUAUAUUGUAUAUCUAUCAAUCAGACAAUUUUUUGUCGUGGUUGGUGCUGGGUUUCUGCUAACUAUUUACUAUGUACUCGCAUAUUAGUGACAUAUGCAGAAUGGAAAGAAACUUUGUUGUGAUAACUUUUUCCAUUUUCCCAUUGUUUGUAAACAAUCAUUUACAGUUAAAUUUGUCUGAAUAAAUCGACAAUAUCUGAAAUCACAGAAUUUCAAGCACGGUGUCUCAUUCGGAGUCGAACAGUAUAAGGUAAAAACAUGAACUAUGAAGGGUGCUAUACUGUAUAUAGUACAUUGUAUGUUGUAUUUCAUUAUUCGACAUAUUUUGCUCAUUUACAUAAUUCAUGUUGAAAAAUACAUGUACUUAAUUCAUUUUUGAAAAUACCUUAUUUGUGUAUAAAAAUCAUAUGAGCGUCUUUUGUGCACUAUUAAUAUUUUCGAAAUAGGUUGGAUUUACAUGUUUAAUGUCUGAACCCGUUGGAAGUUAUUUAGGAUCUGUGUGCACUGGCAAUUAUUCAAUUCAAAUUCACCUGUAUAACAUCAUUUUACUUAGCUCUCAUGCUGUCGACACAAUGGCCUGCCAUUUUUUCCUUUUCUUUUUGCACCAGUAACUUCGCGUACGAACCACUAUUAAGUGCUUUAAAGAAAACUACGGGGACCUUCCAACAAUUCAAAACAAAUAAUUACCGAUAAUUAGCUGACCACAAGAGGAUCAAAUAAAUGUCUACUACGUCUACCUAUACUUUCGAAUUAGGAAAAUAACAAAUCGUUUGGAACUUCCUCAAAUUCUUCUGUGAACAUUGGUAUGAAAGGUGAACAUAUUUUACGUUGAUAUGUUAAAAAGGAAAAUCUUCAAAUCGCAACAAAUACAAUACAAAUACAUACAUACCUGAGACGUACGUAAUAUAUCUAAUUUUAAUAGGAGCUGUUAGAUGGGAAUUACUGGCAUGACUAGUGGAGAAACGUGACGGAGGCUCCUAUAUAUAGUGUCUCGUACUGCAUCUAUAAAUCGAUGAUAACGUCAACUACAGAUCACAAAGAAUAACAUGUUGCCAGUAUGUAACCAGGUAAAUUAACAAUGCAUAUAUAUAAUUAAAGUGAAAAUCAUCUCUUGAAAUGUAGGCGAAGGAAAUUGUAAACAUUAUUCAUGGUAUUUUAUUGAUUAUUAUUGUGUUAAGAUGUAUACUAAUUGGUAUUAUCCGUAUAAUCAUUUAACGAUAUCUUCAUAAAGGUGGUGGUAUUCAUGUUUGUAGCACAUCUCUCCAAAUAGAGUUCAACGUAUUACUAAUACCGGGAACUUUAUACGAGUACUAAUACCGAGAUGUGUAUGCUGUCAGUGUUACAAAAACAGACAGUAUUGGAAAUACAUGUGAUUGAUGUUUAAUAUAGAUAUACACGUAUUGAUAUUACCCAUACAUACAGUUAAUUGACAUUAACAAGAAAAAUAUUCAUAAAUGAGUUUACCAUUUUUGUUCAAUUUGCAAAAAAAAAACGUAUCUGAAUUCGGAACUAAAGCUGCUAUAUACACAAAGGUCGGAUACCUCUGACUUUUAAAAGAUAGAAAGUUGAAAAUGAAUUCCAGUAGAAAGUAAACUCAAACUCAAACAAACAGGUUUUAAAACGAUACAAUUAUUUUAAAAAUCGUAAAAGAUAUAAGGUAGUAAUAUUACUUAUAAUGGGUAUGAGGAAAACAUGAAACGAUAAUUUAUCUUUGUUCUUCCAUGUAUUAAUUAGUAUAUGAAAUUAAUGUUUGAAUCAUCGAAUUAGAAUGCAUAUACCAAGAAUAUAAUGUAUAUUUAUCAUCAUCGUAAUAAAGUGGUAUUUUGGGA